GUUUCCUCUCAACCACCUGAGAAAUUUUCCAUCAUUUUCUCGGAAACCAAAACAGAAAACUGAACCGCAUCAACUGUUGUUAUCUUCAUGGCUUAUCACUCUUUCCGCUCACCACCUUACUCGUGAAAGCUUCAGAGUGUUGGGAUUUCAAAGUAGCAGAUCUUUGAGAGCUCAAAAACCAAUGGUGUAAAUAGAGAAGCGGAAGGAGGCUGAUGAUGAAGACAACCAACAUGCAAGCACGAGGGAGAGGAGGAAACAUCAAGGCGGCUAAUCCACAACAGGUGAUCUUCGAGCUAAAGAAGAAAGUCGUCACUGCCUUGAACAAGCUAGCGGAUAGAGAUACACAUCAGAGAGGAGUUGAUGAGCUCGAGAAAACAGUUGAGCAUCUUGCACAGGACAAGAUCUCGUGUUUUCUCUCCUGUAUACUGGACACUGAUUCAGAGCAGAAGAGUGCUGUUCGCAAAGAGUGUAUCAGGUUAAUGGCUACUUUAGCUAGGUUUCAUCAAGGGCUUGUUGUGCCACAUCUCGCUAAGAUGGUCUCGAGCAUCGUCAAGCGGCUCAAGGAUCCGGAUACUGUUGUGAGAGAUGCGUGUAUUGAGACAAUGGGUGUUUUGGCUUCGAAAAUGAGCUGCUAUGAAGACAACGACUAUGGGGUUUUCGUUUCCUUGGUGAAACCGCUUUUCGAAGCCAUUGGUGACCAGAAUAAGUACGUGCAGUCAGGUGCAGCAUUGUGCUUGUCAAGAGUGAUUGAUAGCAGUCCUGAAUCUCCAGCUGCGAUUAUACAACGCAUGCUUACGCGAACCGUAAAGCUGCUUAAUAGCCCACAUUUCAUUGCCAAACCAGCAGUUAUUGAGCUUAACAGAAGUAUCAUUCUUGCCGGUGGGGCAACAACAAAGAGUGUGCUUUCCUCAGCAAUGAGUAGCUUUCAAGAUGCCCUUAAGAAUAAAGACUGGACAACUCGUAAGGCAGCCUCUAUAGCACUUAUGGAGAUAGCUGCUACUGGUGAAAAGUUUCUUGGGCCUCUCAAGGCUUCUUGCAUCUGCUCUCUAGAAUCAUGUCGCUUUGACAAAGUGAAACCAGUGAGGGACUCAGUUAUCCUUGCCUUGCAAUAUUGGAAAGGUGUCCCUGGUUCUGAUAGUCCAGAGCCAUCUGAAACUGGAUCCUCUGCAAAAGAAAGCUAUAAUGGAGCUCGAGAGAGUAGUGAGCUUUUCAGCACCAGUGACUCUAGAUUGAAGGAUGUUACAUCUAACAAGUAUGUAACAGAUUUGGCAAGGAAAAAGGUCCCGGUUACUGCCAGGAAGGCACCUACACGUUACAAUGACGAACCUCGAAAGACUAAACAAGAUAACUGGCAUAUCGAAAUCGCAGUCCCGGAAUCUCCUGUUGUCUCCAAGGUUUAUCUUCACACUGAAGAAUCAGAGGGCAGUUGCAUCACCAAAACAUUUGCAGAAUCGAGAAACACGCCAGAAGUGAAAUAUGAGUACAUUCCAGUGGACGAUAAGGCAGAUUGCUAUGUAACUGACGCUGUGAAUGAAAACGAUGAUAUCAAGUCAGUAACAGUUUCGUCCAACAGUUUCCUUGCAAGUGGUAGAGUGAAUCUAGCCAUAAUGACUAAGCAGUUCGCAGCUGAAGAAACUGAUUCUGAGGAGCAGCAAUUCUCAACCAAAGUGAAGAAUCGUACAAGCCUUGACUCUACUUUAACAGUGUCUAGCCCUCGAACCAUUCAUGACUGCUGUGCUCAGACUGCAAAUGAGAUGGCUUCUGUUCGUAAACAGCUCUCAGAUAUUGAGAAUAAACAAUCACAACUGAUAGAUCAGCUCCAGGCCUUUUCAACAGGAAUAAUGAACAACUUUUCAGCUCUUCAAUCCAAGGUCUUAAGCUUAGAAUAUGCAGUGGAGGGGAUAGCUCAAAACUUUGUCCUGCAUUCAGAUAUAUCAAACUCCAAUUUUGUGAAGCAAAACCAAGGUCGUACUGUGUCACCGAGGCUCUCUAGUUGCACUUCGAGAAAUUCUGCGGAUAUCCACAAUCGGCAAUCUACAUUAUCAUCUUCCAGGUACUCAACGACUAGGGAGAACAAAACACAUGGAAGAAGCAAACUAAAUGAGUCACAGGGUAUAGAGAAAACGCGGAGUAACGCUUUUGGUAAGACUGGUCAACAACAUGGUAGAGAAGACAUUUGGAACAACAUUGGACAUGGAAGACAAACAUCGAUCCAGACCCGGAAAAGUUCUGAAAGCAUAGGACAGCAUUACGCAGAGGUGAUGAGUGGGUCGAGGAAACCUGUGAAUCCAUGUGAAGAUUUGGUUGAAUCAGAGUAUCUAGAAGUGCUUUCUGCUGGUGAUGAGAUAGCACUUGUCGAGCUUCUUGACAGAACCGGCCCUGUGCUGGACAGUUUGUCAUCAAGUACCGUAAAUGAGCUUCUCAGUAUACUUCUCUCUUACCUCCUCGAACGAAGAUUCAUGAAUUCAAUACUUCCUUGGUUACAUCAGGUAGCUGACUUGAGCACUACAAAUGGAGCUAAUUAUCUGAUUCCAUCUGCGAGAAAGAGAGCUCAAGUGUUGUCUGCAAUUCAGGAGACUUCAGGCAUGGAUUUUUCAAAUCUUGCUGAGAGAAGAGCGGUUACUCAAAUAGCAAUGAAGUUGCGCAAACUAUGGGGAAAAUGCUCCUAAUCAUUAGGUGUGCUGAAGUAGACAGGACAUUGCUACAAGCUGGUGUCUUCCACGGAAAGCGUUGUUACUUGGAUUGAGAUUCGCAAUGCGAUUUGAUUGAAGAACGAUUUCGAUUUUUAAAGAAUCUUGUUGCAACAGAUUGUUUCGAUCGUUUUUAUCAUUGUCUAGUGUUUGUUGUUGUUCUUGAUCGUUGGUUUCAUGAUUUGAUUCGCGUAGUAAAAAGAAAGGUGAGAAAAACGCACUGAGAGAGAUAUCUGAGUGCUAAUUUACAACGAAAAUUGCAACAAUGACUUGUAUCAUA